UUCAUUCAUGUCAUAAUCAUAACCAUAACCCAUAGCCCAUAACCAUUUUAUUCUUAGCAUUCGGCUCACUGGGAGGGAAAGAAACACCGAGUUCAACAUACAUACAUACAUAACAUUAAUUCAACUUUUUGGGGUCCUUCAUGGAAAACCAAUUCUUUCUCAAUGCUGGUGUCCCCUCCCAGCUGCAUUUUGAGCCUUCAAUGCCCACUUGGCAAUCUGUAUCACACUCUUCUGCCAUGGAUGUUCAAGUAACGGUUUUGAAUUGUUCACCUGAGCAGACCCAAGAUUGCUUUUUCACCCCAACAUGGGACAAGUCAACGGAUCAUGGAGUUCAGUUUGAUUCAGCUCUUAGUUCAAUGGUGUCUUCUCCUGCAGCAUCCAAUUCCAACAUGUCCAAUGAGAAUUUCGUCAUCAGGGAACUGAUUGGAAAAUUGGGAAAUAUUGGUAGCUCUGGUGAGAUCUCACCUCAUUCCCACCCUUUGGUUCCUGCUUCUUCAUACAUCAAUGGCAAUAACAGCACCAACACUUCAUGUUAUAGCACCCCUUUGAGUUCUCCUCCAAAGAUGAACAUGAACAGAAACAACAUACCCUCGGUGGUGAACCACUUGGUGAAAGAAAGCAUGCCCAGUAUGGGACAAUCAAUGGCCUUGAAUUCCAGUGUGGCAGAAUUCUCAGCUGAUCCUGGCUUUGCUGAGAGGGCUGCAAAGUUUUCUUGCUUUGGAAGUAGGAGCUUCAAUGGAAGGACUAACCAAUUGAGGAUGAACAAUGCUGAAUUGGCUCAGAGAUCUGCUUCAUUGGUGGAACAUGGGAAGCUCCCUAGAGUGUCAAGUAGUCCAUCAUUGAAAAUGCUUGGAUCUCAAAUGGGUACACAGGAGAACAAGAAUUCUCCAUUGCAGGACCUAAUGGAAGUGGCCAAUUCUCAAGAUGAAUCAACAAUCUCUGAACAAAUCCCAAAUGGGGACACUGUUGUGAAACCUUCCCCUUAUGUGAAUUCCAGGAAAAGAAAAACUUCUUCCAAAGGAAAAGCCAAAGAAACUUCAACCUCUACCAAUCCUCCAAUUGCUGCUGAAGCCAGUGAAGACUCAAAUGCAAAGAGAAGCAAGCCAAAUGAAAGUGAGGGGAAUGAAAAUGGCCCAGUGAGGGCAGAAGAUGAGUCCAAAGGGGGUACUAGUAAUGCAGGUGAUGAGAAACAGAACAAGAGUAACUCAAAACCUCCUGAGCCACCAAAGGAUUACAUUCAUGUUAGAGCAAGGAGAGGUCAAGCUACUGAUAGCCAUAGUCUUGCAGAAAGAGUUCGGAGGGAGAAAAUCAGUGAAAGAAUGAAGCUUCUCCAAGAUCUUGUCCCAGGUUGCAAUAAGGUCACGGGUAAAGCACUUAUGCUUGAUGAAAUUAUAAACUAUGUUCAGUCAUUGCAGCGCCAAGUUGAGUUUCUGUCUAUGAAAUUGGCUUCUGUUAACACCAGGCUGGAUUUUAGUAUUGAGAGUCUAAUCUCAAAAGAUAUAUUUCAAUCAAAUAAUUCUUUGGCACACCCAAUAUUCCCACUAGAUUCCUCAGCAUCAUCCUUUUAUGGGCAACACCCUCAGCCAAACCCAGCAAUCCACACUAACAUUCCUAAUGGAACUGUGACCCACAGCUCAGUGGACCCAUUAGACACUGCUCUUUGCCAAAACCUUGGCAUCCAGUUACCUCCCCUAAAUGGGUUUAAUGAAGGUGGUGGCUCUCAGUAUCCAAUAACAUUCUCUGAAGAUGACCUCCACACCAUUGUUCAAAUGGGAUUUGGCCAAACUGCUAAUAGGAAAACACCAAUUCAACCUCAGAGUUUCAACGGCUCAACUCAAGUACCCCUAUGAAUGUUAAGCUUUGAUCACCAUUCAUUACGCCUGAAUUGAAGCUCAGAGGAAUAGGAAGAGUGCUGGUGUACACAACAAGAAGAGAUUUAAUUCGAACAACCCCUUGAAUUAUUAAGCCAUUGUUAUCACUAGGUCUAAUAGAAGCCUCUUUUGUCUUUAUGUUAGCCAUUUCUUUUCUCUUUCUUCUUACCCUUUCCACGAUUUUAAUUUUUAAUCCUAAGGGGCAGUUCUUUUCAAUUAUUUUUUGUACAACUAUUCACUGUAAAAUCUUUA